AUGGCGGCGCUGAAGGAGGAGCAGAGCUAUGGGCUCUCCUGUGGCAAACUCAGCUCCGGCAGCAACGUUUCGGUGCUUCACGUCAAACUCACCGACAGCGCGCUGCGUGCUCUCGAGGCUUACCAGAACUGCAAGGGCAAUCUUUCCUGCCAGCCAGCUAUACGCUUUGAAGGAAACCAAGGGCAAAUCACCAUUCCAAGACCAGAUAGCCCAAAAGAUGUGCGGACAUUCACAUUUUACCUCUGCAGUGUUGGAAGGGAUAAUCCUCAAUGCAGUUUUGACUGUAUUCAGCAGUACCAAUCCCGGUUUGGGAAUGUGCAGUUGGACUGUCUUGGAGGCAUACAGGAUAAAAUCACUGUGUGCGCGACUGAUGACUCGUACCAAAUGACCAGAGAACGUAUGACUCAAGCAGAGGAGGAGACUCGAAGCCGGGGAGCAAUAGUUAUUAAACCUGGAGGUCGAUACAGAGCUAAAAGAGUGCUAUGCAAGCCAGCUGCUAGCAUUCCUGAUGCUGUUCCUGAAAGAAGACGGCCAACGCCAGUGAACUUGGCGAAUGUGAUGAAGAAGUAUGUUAGCAGUGUUUCCCAGCGACCCUAUCGAGACCGAGUCAUCCACUUACUAGCUCUGAAGCCCUAUAAAAAACCAGAGUUAAUUGUUCGAUUGCAGAAGGAUGGGGUUAGUCAGCAGGACAAGGACUCCUUGGAAAACCUCCUGCAACAGGUGGCUAAUCUGAAUGUUAAGGAUGGUACCUUCACCUUGAAAGACUUUGCAUACAAGGAGAUCCAAAGGGACUGGCCUGGAUACUCGGAUGGCGACCAGCAGUUAUUGAAGAGAGUUCUUGUUCGGAAAUCCUGUCAACUACACAAUGCUGGUGGGGUCUCUGGAGAGACACCUUCAUCAAGUCCAAAAGACAGUACAGCUUCAGCCUCCCCGCCACAGAAACGGCCACUGCCCAAUGAUUUCAUAGAUCCACUGGCCAAUAAAAAAACAAGAAUAUCUCUUUUGACCAGUCGAGUUCCUCCAACUUUGAAUGGCAGGUUAAAUCCUUCUAAUGGGAAAGAGGCAGCAGUUCCCACCGUCGAAUCGGCUGCUCCUGACUCUGGAAGCUCCUCUUCCACCUUGCCAGUGCUGGGGGAAGUUCAGCGACCUCAUGAACCUCUCUCGGACGUCAGCAAUGAUUCUAGCCAGAAUGGCAGGGGUUGUGAAGGCCAGGGUGCCCCAGAGAGGCCUGGUUGUCCAUUCCCAUCGCACUUGCCUCAUCCAAGCGUGGCGAGCACUCCUUCAAUCUCAUCUGAGGUCAAGAAAAAAUCUAAAAAGCACAAAGACAAGGAGCGAAUGAGGGAGAAGAAGGGGGUGAGGAGGAUUGUGGAGAACGAGAGAGAGAUUCUGAUUUCCUUCAGAGCUGCAGGGAGCAGAAAAAAGAUACUGCACAGAAACCUGCAGAAAAAAGGCUUGAACGGGAUGUGCAACAGCUCCAGUGCAACCUCAACAUCGGACGUGCCUGAUUAUUUACUUAAAUAUGCAGCAAUUACAUCACAGGAGCAGAGGCAAGGUUACAAAACUGAUUUCAACGCAGAGUAUAGUGAGUACAGAGACCUGCACUCCAGGAUAGAGAGCAUCACCAGGCGGUUCACACAGCUGGAUGCUGAGCUGAAACAACUCUCACCAGGGACUGCUGACUACAAGAGCAUCCAUGAUCAGAUUUUACAGGAAUAUCGUAAAAUUAAAAAGACGAAUCCCAACUACAGCCAAGAGAAAUAUCGCUGUGAAUAUCUGCACAACAAACUGGCUCACAUUAAGAAACUAAUAGCAGAGUAUGACCAGAAGCAAUUACAAUCCUGGCGUUAGCCCAGCUUCUUUACCAUUGAGAGUGUGUGAGAGAGAGAGAGAGAGAGACGGCAAGCAAUUGCAUCUAAUUGUGUUUCCAGCUUCUCCUGUGUGUCUGCUUCAAGAGGAUGAAAC